UUUUGUUUGAUACAUUCUGAUGUAUGCUACUGUAAUAAAUGUUACAUUUUUCUUACCAAAAUUUUAAAACCAGUUUGUAGUAAAAAAAACGGCAUCUUUAUUUGAACUUUAGCUGAAGUAAAAAAUCUAAAAAAUGGAUAUAAACUUGUUAAGCGUCAUUAAAGAAGAACUUAAUUCAUAUAAUAAUAUUAAAGAACAUGAGUUUGAUUGCUCUUCUCUUGAGUUGGCAGAAUCUGAGGAACAAGCAAGGUCUCAACAGCUCUACGCACUGACUAAUGAUAUUAAAGGUGCAUGUGAUCAAUAUAUUUUACUAACUGAAUGUAAAUUUCAAACCGAUCUAAUUUAUCGAUUUGGUAAAGAUUAUUUGUUAGAAACUGAAGAAAAUCAUUUAGACAGUUUGUUUGAAAAAAUUAAUACUUCUAUAAAUUCAUCAGCUUGCAAUGAAGAUAACAAAUUCUCAAUUUUUAACAAAGACAUGUUGUUUACUUGUUUGUCUUAUCAGCGACUCUGUCCAUUGUGCUCUGGCAUGAUAGAGAGCUGUAAUACAGGAAUUCUCAAAAGGCUUGCUAUAUUUGAGCGAUGUAAAAGUAUGAAAAAAUCUUGCAUGUCUUUUACUACCAUACGAAAUCAAAAAUGGAUACGAGUAUCAGUGACAGGAUCUUGUCCUGCAUGUAUUUUUAGAUCGGAUUCAAAUUACAAAGUUGAAGUACAAACUACUCCUGAGAUCGAAAAUAUUUCUGAACAAAUCGAAUGUUUGUUAGAAAAUCCUGUUUUUUUUGUGCGUGAAUUCAUAUGGCGUUGGGUUGAUAUAACAACUACGUAAUGCAAUUCCUUUUUGGUACUGGCUUCGCCUGUGUAAAAAACGAUACAAAACCUUGUAAACCCAUUACGAAAGCCCUUGCAUUGCUGCAAUUGCCUCGAUAAUAUUUUUGCAUUUUUUAAAAAAUAUUUUUUGAAUAAAUUUUGAUUUCCGCUUUUAA